AUGAGUAUAACCAACUUUAAUGUAAAACUUGCAGCAUUGAAAGCAUUGUAUAAUGUAGAAGUAUGUCAAUGGAUUUUUUUGGAACCAGGAGAAGCAAAAACAACAAUUGAUUCCCAUCAUAAAAAAAAAACAACUUUACCUGGGAUACCAAAUUGA